GCCACCUGCUCCGGGCCCGGGGCCAGGACACGAUGCGUCCCGCGCUGGCCCUCUCGGCGCUGCUGCUGCUGCUGCCGCCGCUGCCGUCGCUCUCCCAGAAUGGAGCCUCAACAACCAUGGGCCAGCCGAUCACAACCCUAACCCCCGGUGAUACGGAGCCUCCAACCACGGCCACACAAGUCACCACUACAGCAUCCAGCGGCAGCCCUGCUGCCACCACGAGUGACCCAAAGGGGGCUCAGGGUGCAGGCCAAAGUACACCUACACCGACACCGACACCGACACCAACACCACCUACACCUACACCGACUGUCCCCGUGAAGACGCCUGUCCCCACGAAGACGGAAACCACAAGCAGCCAGAAUGGAAUUAAAAGUACAGCUCAAGCUGCAACCCAAAGUAGCCACAGUGUUACUACCAGCAUCGGGACCACUCAGGAAGUAACCCAGGCGACCCCUCAGCCUCCACAGGUGGUUAACAGCCCGCACACUACCUCCGCUGCUCCUUCCUCCACCACCCAAGCGGACACCCAACCACUGCCUUCGGGCCCUGUUACUUCGAACCCCCCGGGGAGCUCUUCCGAGGGACCAAGCAAAAUGCCUCCGGCUUCACAGGGCCCAGGCGCAAUGACGGGGGGCACCGUCACGUCUCAGGGGACCCCUGCCACAUCAACACCACUGGUCACCUCACGAGGAAGUCAACAGAUCUCCACCGACACGCCAGCCGUCACUGGGACCGUUUCCUCCGUCACUGGGACCGUUUCCUCCGUCUCCGGGACCCUUUCCUCCGUCACUGGGACCUCCUCACCUGCGACUCCGUGGCCUCCGGUGUCUUCAUCGGGGCCCGUGGCCACGCCUCCGGUUGGAACCACAAGCUCCAGCGCGCAUUUGGCUCCAACUACCCCCAAAGACUCCAACGUCUCUUCAGCCACCCCAGCUCUCGAGACCAGCAGGAUAAAGUGCGAGCCUCCCGAAAAGCUGAAUGAGAAGAUGCUCAUCCUGAACUUCACGACAACCAGCCUCUGCACGCAGAAACCGGAGAGCCCUCUGCAGGACGAGCUGGUCACACUGCUGUGCCGGGCAGCAAAAGCCAACUUCAACCCACGUCAAGAUCAGUGCCACAUACGGUUGGUACCUGUUCCGCAAAGCCAGGCAGUGGCGAUCAAAGAAAUCACUAUCCAGACAAACCUCCUGCCCCAGGACGUGUUUGAAUCUCUGAAAGACAAAUGGGAUGACCUAAAGGAGGUGGGAGUCAGUAACAUGCAGCUUGGGGACCAGGGGCCGCCGGAAGAGACGGAGGACCGGUUCAGCAUGCCCCUCAUCAUCACCAUUGUCUGCAUGGCGUCCUUCCUGCUCCUCGUGGCCGCCCUCUAUGGCUGCUGCCACCAGCGCCUCUCUCAGAGGAAGGACCAGCAACGACUCACAGAGGAGCUGCAGACAGUGGAGAAUGGUUACCAUGACAAUCCAACGCUGGAAGUGAUGGAGACCUCGUCAGAGAUGCAGGAGAAAAAGGUGGUCAACCUUAAUGGGGAGCUGGGAGACAGCUGGAUUGUUCCUCUGGACAACCUGAUCAAGGACGACCUCGACGAGGAGGAAGACACACACCUCUAAUCAGGUCUGCAGGCGGCCGCCGACACUGCAAAGUCCAGACUGAACCACCUCAAGUGCCAAUUGGACAGGGACGAAAGUCCUUCCCAUCUGAGGGAAAGACCGCGGGGGUGGGGGGUAGCAGACUUCGAGGGACCCGCCUCCCAAUCCCCACAGGGCCUUAAUUUUUCCGUUUUCAAGCUGAACAAAUCACAUUCUGUCUAGAUUCCUCUUGUAAAAUAACCCACUAGUGCCUGAGCUCAGUGCUGCUGCAAGGUGAGAGCACGAGAAAGCGAAGAGGGAGCCCUGGAAGGGACUUCCGAGAUCGCUCAGCAGGACCCCUUCCCUUCACAGACAGACGGCCGAGGCCUGCGGGGGGUCAGGGCAGGACCACACAGCCACUUGGUGACAGUCAGGGUGAAAGCAGACUCCCCCUUCGGUGCGCAGCCCACCUGGCCACACCGCUCUGGUCCGGUGCGCUCCCUCCGCCUGCUCCCUCCGGCCUCCGAGCUGCGUGGGCG